CCGGGAUUUCGACCAAUCACACAGCUCACAGCUGACGCAGCGGGAAAACGGAGCGGAAACAAAACAACACUGCGUCAGGACACGCACAAGAAGUGUUGUUCAAAAUUUAAUCAAUAAUCAUGGCUUGUAAUUAGCUUCUAGUCGCGAGUUUUUAUGAUGAGGCGCUCAGGAGCCCCCAGUCAGCUCCUGGGCAAUGCUGCCAAAAAGCCUCGUUUUAUACCUCCUGCUGGAGCCUCUUCAUAUUUUGGAGUUGAACCCAAGACCCAGAACCCCGAAUCAAGCCUAAACAAUGCCUUGAACAAGGUGCAGAGAAGUGUGGUAGCUACACCUCCAAGUCAAAGUGAAUGCACUGCCAGGGCAGCACCAGCCUUGUCCAAGGCUCUGGCCCGAGUGCUCAGUGCAACAGAAAGUAAGGAGAAUAUUGCUGAGACAAAACAUACAAGUCCUUCUUCACAGAAGCUCAUAACAUCACCAGACAUCAGAGGAGCAGGCUCCCCUCAAAAAGCUACUGGGUCAAAUCAGGUCUUUGGUGCAACAGACUGCAGCGGGGAUGCUGUGCGCUACUUCAGCGUCAUGUGGUGUAAGGCCAGCAAAAAGAAACACAAGCGCUGGGAGGGGGAUGCCGUGCUGGUGACCAAGGGGCGCUCGGCCACCCUGAAAGACAUGGAGGGCAAGAACAUUGGACAGGGUAGCGGCUACAAGGUGUCUUUGUUGGCUUCUCUGUCUGAGGGGGACACCCUGAUGAUUGGAGCGAAAGAGGUGGAGGUGAUGGGUGUCAUAUCUGCAGAGAAUUUUGCUACUGGACGUUGUUUUCAAGAAGCCCAAGUAUACCAAGAAGAGACGAUCCUGAAGACAGCACCCGCUCCUUCACAAUGCUUAGCAGCCAAAGCUUUCAUCCCCCCUACAAUGUUGGGGAGAGCAAGCCUUCCUGCAUUAAAAUUAGCAGAAGAGCAUGCCUGCAAACCUCGCUAUGAUCCACAAGCUCCAGGUGCUCUGGUGAUGCCUCGACCCUCUCCAAACCAUCAGUGGUCUAAUAACAAAUCAGGGCUCCCUGUGGUCGAUGUUGUGGUUGACCCGCACCUGACAGCUCACCUGCGCCCCCAUCAGAGAGACGGCCUGCUCUUUCUCUAUGAAUGUGUUAUGGGCAUGAGGGCCGAAGGUCGCUACGGGGCAAUCUUGGCUGAUGAGAUGGGUCUUGGAAAGACCCUGCAAAGCGUGGCUCUCUGCUGGACGCUGCUCAAGCAGGGUCCGUACGGCGGAAAAGCGGUCACCAAGCGUGUGCUCGUGGUUACCCCUGGCAGCCUUGUGCAGAACUGGGGCGCUGAGUUCAACAAGUGGCUCGGGCGUGAGAGGAUCAGUGUUUUCACUGUGGAUCAGGACCACAGGAUCGAGCAGUUUGUGUUGUCUCCUCUGCACAAUGUCCUAGUGAUAAGCUAUGAAAUGCUUCUGCGCUGCUUUGAACAGGUCCAAAAAGUGGAGUUUGGUCUCAUUAUCUGUGAUGAAGGUCACAGACUAAAGAACAGCAGCAUCAAAACGUCCUCAGCCCUCAGCAGCUUGAGCUGCACUCGCAGGGUUAUACUAACAGGCACCCCUGUGCAAAAUGAUCUGCAGGAGUUCUACGCUAUAAUAGACUUUGUUAAUCCCGGCGUUCUUGGCUCAACCACAGCGUAUAGGAAGGUCUAUGAGGAGGCCAUUCUUCGCUGCAGGCAGCCUUCCUGCUCUGAGGAGGAGAGAUCUUUGGGCGCCGAGCGAGCCGCUGAGCUCUCUCGACUUACUGGCAUGUUCAUCCUGAGGAGGACGCAAGAGAUCAUCAACCGCUACCUUCCGCCCCGCCUUGACUGGACCCUGUUCUGCAGGCCGUCUCCGCUGCAACAAGAGGUCUACAGGCAUCUCCUCAGCCACAGAGUGUUCAGAGCCUGUCUGCAAGGCUCCAUGCAAUCACACACCCACUUGGCCUGCAUCACUUUCUUGAAAAAGCUGUGCAAUCACCCGACACUGCUGCACUGCACAGUCAAGGAAAAAGCUGAGUGUGCUUCUGAUGAGAGUUCUUUCCAUGAAGGUCUAGCACAGUUUUUCCCUAAAUUGUACUCUUCAGAUAGCUUGAACCUUGCUGACUCAGGGAAACUCUUGGUUCUGUUGGACCUGCUGGAAACCAUCAGACAGCUCAGCCCAUCUGACAGGGUUGUUGUAGUGUCCAACUAUACUCAGACGCUGGACAUGCUGCAGAAAAUUUGUGUGCACAUGACCUACACAUUCUGUCGGCUAGACGGACAAACGCCUACCAACCAGAGGCAGCGUCUUGUCGACAGCUUCAACAGCCCUUAUUCACCUAAUUUCCUUUUUCUGCUGAGCUCCAAAGCUGGUGGGGUGGGGCUUAAUCUGGUGGGGGCUUCCCAUUUGGUGCUUUAUGAUCUCGACUGGAAUCCUGCAAAUGACAUUCAGGCCAUGGCUCGCGUGUGGCGAGAUGGACAGAAAAAGACCGUGCAUACUUACCGCCUCCUCACUGCAGGUACCAUUGAGGAGCGCAUAUUCCAGCGCCAGGUGUCCAAGCAGGGCCUCUCCGGGACAGUGGUAGACCUCGGCAAAGGCUCCGAACACGCCAACUUCUCCAGCAGCGAGCUGAGAGACCUUUUCAGCCUUACCGAAACAUGCUCUCUAACUCACGACCUGUUGAACUGCAGCUGCAACAUGGACGGAUCCGUCAACGGUAAAGUUGUUGGAGAGGUAGACGAGCAGGAUGCAAAUCGGCCAUGUCAGCUUGGGCGGGACUGCGACGGGUCAGCGCAGAAACAUCUGAGCAUGUCCGAGCUAAUGCAAUGGAGACAUUUCUCUGGAGAUGCCCACACCUUCUCAGACCCUUACCUUGAUCGUGCCAGAGACCAUGUCACCUUUGCCUUUCAGACCACCAUUUCUCACAUGGAUCAGUAACCGCAACUAUGGACUCAACUGUUAGUGACCAAAAAUACAUGAUUUGAAAAUAUGAUAUACACACUUCACAAUCUAACAAAAUUCUAUGCAAAAACUAUCAGAAAUAAAUAGCUAAGAAAAUAAAGUUUGAAAUAGAGCACUGGUUCGCCAACUUUUUUCACCAAGUACCACCUUAGAAAACACUUGACACAGUUUGAGAAUCACUUAAAAUUAAUUCAACAAUGUUAUCAUGUUUGUAGUUUUGUAGUGUAGAACUGCACAGCAUCAUACUGAGAAGAAUGUAUUGCUCUUGUGUGUGGGAUUAAAUUAGAUUGUCUAAUAAAGUGAGGAUACGUCGAGAGAAGUUCCU